UUAGUACCAAGUUUUCAAACCUUCAUCAGCGCAUAAGCUGGAAUGGCUGUUCGCUUUUAACGCGAAGGCUUGUUUAACUAUGCGAAAAAACACAACUUGGAAAUAUGAAAUAGAUUGAGGGUAUAUGGAUCCAGUUUGAGACUGUGCCUGUUUUGAAAUGGAGGGUAAAAUGAUCGGACCGGGACCUUACAGGGCUACGAAGUUGUGGAAUGAAACUAUCAGGCUCUUUCGUGGAGGAAUGCCUUUACGGCGACACUGGUUACAUUUUCGUAGUUAUGACAACAGCUUUACUGGCUCAGAGGCUAUUGAUUGGCUCCAUGAACUUCUGAAGCGGAACCACAACUUUGGACCCGAAGUCACUCGCUACCAAACCCUUCAGCUCUUGAAGAAAUUUAUGAAGAACCACGUAAUUGAGGACGUGAAAGGCCGGUUUGGCAAAGAGGACUUUGAAGAUAAUGGACACUUGUACAGAUUUCCCCCAGAAUCCCCUCUCAAGCCUUUGCCCCAGAAGCCACGGCAGACAGACAGCUCGACCCUGCCCAGGCUGCCCCGCUGGGAUGACUAUGAGGAGGUCUCGUCGCAGGGGAAUCUCCCCCUGAAACCUCUCGUCCUGAAUUCAGAGACGUGGAAUAAGAGGCACAGUAUAGCUAUUGGAGAGGUACACGAAUGCAAGCUUAUUCGGAGGAAAGAGAUCACGGCAAAACACCUGGACCAGAUCUGGAGGGCCAUGACUCUAGCUGAGUUACAGCGUGGGCUUGGUCUUCAGUCAUUGGAGGGUGUGUUGGACUCCAAGCAUGUCAACCCAAAGCACAUCAUUCACAAUGUCUACUGUGUCAACAAGCAAGGCAUUGUGGUCCUAAAAAACAAAACAGAUGACCUUCCACAUUGGGUGUUGUCCGCCAUGAAGUGCUUGGCAAACUGGCCCAAUGGCUGUGAUGACAAGCAGCCCAUGUACCCCGGCUUUGAGAGGGAUGUCUUCAGGACGGUGGCCGAGUACUUUCAGAGGCUGAAAGAGCCUCUUCUGACAUUCCAGCUCUAUGAGGUGUUUGUCAACAUUCUUGGCCUGCUCCAGAAGCAGCAGGUGGCAUCUGAAGCGGUGCAGGUGUGCUGUGUCCUGCUGCCCCCUGCCAACCGUCGCAAGCUACAGCUCCUGCUGCGGCUCAUGGCCCGUGUGUGCCACAACCCCACCCUGCCACCGCUCAACGACGCCAUAGCAACACGCACGCUGAUGGCUCAGACCUUCUCCCGUUGCAUCCUGUCCUCGCCUGAUGAGGUGGACCUGGAUGAACUGCUGGCUACCAAGCUGGUCACUUUUAUGAUGGACAACCAGGAGGUGGCGCUGCAGGUCCCUGCCGGCCUCCAGAAGUCUGUGGAGGAGCAUGUUAGCCAGUUACGCCGGGUACAGAUAAAGUAUGCCGGAGCGGACACAGACACGUCUGUGCUGUCACCGAGAGAGCCGCCGACGUUCUGCCGACAGAUCAGCCGUGAGGAGUUUGAGGAGCAGCGCGUCUCGGCCUCGCAGGACGCCAUGGUGGAGCUGCUGGAGGGCAUCAUUCAGGACAAGAACAUGUCCAUCAAGGACAAGAAGAAGAAGAUGAAACAGUUCCAGAGGUCGUACCCUGAGAUCUACACACGGCGCUUCCCCACGGCGGAGAGCGAGGCAGCCGUGUUUCCGGAAAAGCCCUCUAAGCUAAAGCCCCAGAUGAUGUUCCGCACCCUGAAGAAGCCCUUCCAGCAGCCCUUCCAGAGAAGCUGGAGCUUCAGGGCCUGAGGGAGAGACUUCAGCGGAUAUCAGCCAGGCUCGUCACUGAAGCAGGUCACUCUUAGCAGCACCACAUGGCAUAGGCCCCCCACCCCUCCCCUCCCCUCCCCACACACCACCACCUCUGAAUUUCGCCUACAAAAAGGAUCCAAAGCUGCCAUCUAUGCCCGGUCCGGAUCUCCUUAUAUGGGCAAAGAUAGUACCCCAAUCUCCUUAUAUCGUUUGGGUCCUUUUUGUAGGCGAAAUACAGUGGCAUAUUGUUAAGAGACUUAAUUUUGUUGUUUUCAUCAACCCCCUCUCUUUUAGUUUUGGUCAAACAGAUGAUGGAUAUCAUAACAGUACUUUUGAGAAACACAGCCAAGGGCUACUCUCUCCACACCUGUGUUGCACCAUGUUUCAGUACUUGGUUAUUUCAAACAAGAUGCGGUGUGUAGUUUUUGUUGAUGACAACUAAAUUGAAUUGACACAUAUCAGCAAAGUAGUUCCAAAGUCACGGCGAAGAGACUGUUUGGUAAUAUUUCUGUGUGUUUUGUGCAUGUUUGUUUUUUCUGGGUGUUGUUUGUAGUCUUCACAGUGUGCAUGCUAAAUUUGUCUGACAAACUACAUAUGGUAACCGUAAGUUUAGAAAAAUUGAGAAAUCCAUACAUUUCAAAGAUACUAAGUAAUUUGAUGCAACAUUGGUGGAUUGGAAAGCAUAAAUAUCUGGUCAUGGAUUGGAUCAUCUCUGUGUAAGGAACAUUUUCAGACCUUCUGUCAACGUAUGAUCUUGUACUCUUUGUGAGAGACAUUUCAAAGUUUUAAAAAUGUAUAUUUUAAUGUCUAACUUGAAAAAAAUAACAAUUUACUGUAACAGACUGCAUCAGCACUGGAAAAAAUAUAUAUAAAAUAGAAACUUGAGUACUGUAGGUUAAAUAAUAUGUCCAGAUGAUAAUGUGUACAUUCCAUAACAUACUGAGAACAGAAUACUGCUAAUGUUGCCAGGUGAAAUGCAAUUUAGUAUGUUUUUACAUGCUGUGUUAAUAUUACUAAAUUAAGGAGCUGUCUUACAGUAUUUUAACAUUGCCUGAAAAAAAGAAUUUUAUGGAACAUGCUAGUCUGGUGUAUUUAAGAUUAUUUAUGGACUGCAAUGACCAACAGGGUUGUGCUUUAAUGUCUUGGAAAGAGAUUUCAAAUCAAACAUUUCCUGUAUCAACAUUGUUUCAUAUCAGGCUUAGGCUGCUAAUUGUCAAACAUUCCACAGAUGGUACUCAUGAUCAUGGUGAAAUUUAAAAUGCAGAACGUUAAAAUGCAGAACUAACGUUCUAAAUCUUACUUAUCAUUGCCACUAAAGAAUGUUGUCAUUUUUGUAUCAUUUCCUCUGCAUGUUUAACUAAAUAGAAAUAAAUAGGACAGUGGUUUAGGAAAGCAUAACUUAUUUCUGUUUAUUUUUUUUUAUUGAAUUCAGUGUAGAUUUAGAAAGUGUGGAGUUUCACAGAUGAGCAAUAAAAAGGUGAGUCAGUUAGGAAUGCAGUAUAAAACUGCUGAUCCGAUUUGAAUUUUAAUCAGAAUGAAAGGUGCAUUCAUUUUUCUUCCAAUUGAAUAGCCAUGUAUACAGUCAAUCGGCAUGCCCACUGUAGCGUUGCAAGCAAAAGAAAUGCAGCAACGGCUAUUCCGAUCAAAGAUUCUAAAGUGCUUGAGAGCACCUGAUUGGAAUAGAAUGCAACCCAUAAAUAGAUGACAUUCAUUCAGAAUAGUUUAAUAGGAAUGACAAUUGAACUUCCCUUUUCACAAGGUGGGUUUACAUUGUUUUAUUUAGCAGUAUAUUUCCUUUAGUUCUGCAUUUGAUUUUUAGAGAUUCAAUUUUGUUGAGAACAUGUUUGCGUUUAGAAUCAUGAGUCAAUGUGUUUGAAUGCUUAAUUUCCCAUUAAGAAAACCCAGUUGUCAUGAGCAUUUGUCAUGUCCAUGCAUUUGUUAUGCCAACAAAUGCCAAGCCAAUGUGUAAUUUAACCAUGUUUGUAUAUCUAAAUGCUGGAACACUUAACUGUUACAUUUUGCACUGAACAAUGCUGGAAUAAAGUUUUUGCGGAAAAAAAAAAAAAAAAAAAAAAGUUCAAAAGGAUUUUGUUGUUACCCAGAGUUGAACAAAUGCUCCAUUUAGAAUAGCAAGAUACUGGCCAUUAUAAUUAAGGUAAAUAC